AUGGUUACGGCAUCUACCGCUCCAAUGACGACAGAUUUUAGUGUUGCGCGAUUAAACGCUUGUGCCACGGAUACAACAACCUACGCGAGCAAUCGUAGCUCAGUGUGGCAUUGUAUAAAUCGGAGGACAGUUUGGCGUGCUCAUCACCCUUGGCUAAGCCGUUCAACAACUUUGAUCAAUUUUAUAGAUAUAGCUAGCUCUAGCCCAGAUUCGCACAGCAUGCCAGAUUCACACAUUCCGCUUUACUCACCAGAGUACUACGCAGCUUGCACACUCGGUGGUAUGAUAGCCUGUGGACCUACCCAUUCUGCCGUGACACCGCUUGACUUGGUCAAAUGCCGUCGCCAGGUCGAUCCUGCUCUGUAUACCUCGAAUCUCGAUGGUUGGCGGAAAAUCGUACGCGGGGAAGGCACAUCGAAGAUAUUUACAGGACUAGGCGCUACCUUCAUAGGAUACUCGUUCCAGGGUGCCUUGAAAUACGGCGGAUAUGAAUACUUCAAAGAUUUCUAUUCGGGGUUCCUUUCUCCGGAGACUGCGCAUAAGCAUCGGACCUGGUUGUACCUCGGUGCGUCUGCGUCUGCCGAAUUUGUAGCAGACAUCUUUCUAUGUCCAUGGGAAGCGAUCAAAGUGCGUCAGCAGACGACUAUUCCACCGUUUUGCAAGAACGUGUUUGACGGGUGGUCCAAGACCGUGAAAGCAGAGGGUAUCGCAGGGCUUUACAAAGGUUUGACUCCGCUGUGGUGUCGUCAGAUCCCUUACACCAUGUGUAAGUUCACAUCGUUUGAACGGAUCGUGGAGUCAAUUUACGCGCGUUUGCCUCGUCCCAAGAGCGAAAUGUCGCAGCUCCAGCAGAUUGGCGUAUCGUUUGUAGGUGGUUAUCUUGCAGGUAUUUUAUGUGCCGUGGUAUCUCACCCCGCAGACGUGAUGGUAUCCAAGGUGAACAACGAGCGCAAGGCCAACGAGUCCAUGGGAGACGCAACGGCACGCAUCUAUAAGAGAAUCGGGUUUGCUGGUCUUUGGAACGGUCUAGCGGUCCGUAUUGUCAUGAUUGGAACUUUGACGAGUUUCCAGUGGUUGAUUUACGAUUCUUUCAAAGCCUACGUUGGUUUGCCAACUACGGGACAUUGA